AUGGGAGAGCUACCAAUUCCUCGAGUUCAAGCUAGCCGCUGCUUUCAACACACAGGGCUGGACUACGCUACGAUCGCAAUCAAGGAAUCAAAAGGAAGAACUCCACGCAUCGGAAAGGCAUGGUUUUCUAUUUUCGUGUGCCUCACUACAAAGGCACUUCACAUCGAGGUUGUUAGUGAGCUAGCUACACAGGCUUUCAUCGCAGCCUUUCAACGAUUCAUUGCCCGCCGAGCGAAGCCUACUGACCUGUAUUCGGACAACGGAACUACAUUUCAUGGAGGCAAGCGAACUUUGGAUGACAUGAGACGUCUGGCCAUUCAACAAGCCAAAGAUGAGGAACUAGCAGGAUUCUUUGCCAAUGAAGGGAUUUCUUGGCACUUUAUACCCCCGUCUGCUCCCCAUUUUGGAGGGAUGUGGGAAGCUGGAGUUCGCUCAAUUAAACUCCAUAUGAAACGGAUACUUGGAUCAAAGGCUUUAACGUUUGAGGAGCUCUCUACUGUCCUGACCCGAAUUGAAGCUAACCUGAAUUCACGCCCGCUGUGCCCAACUGGGGAUAAUUCUUUGGAUCCACUGACGUCUGCUCAUUUUUUGACUGGAUCUCCGUAUACAGCAUUGCCUGAACCCUGUCGUCUGGAUAUGCAAGUCAAUCGAUUGGAGAGGUGGAACCAGCUGCAAGCCAUGGUUCAAGGCUUUUGGAAGAGGUGGCAUAUGGAAUACCUGACAUCUCUUCAUGAGCGGACAAAGUGGCAUCUGGAAACCGAGAAUCUGAGGAUCGACACACUGGUAGUACUCAAGGAGCCCAAUCUACCGCCCUCUAAAUGGAUUCUCGGCCGCAUCACCGCAGUGCACGCAGGAAUCGACAACAAGGUCCGAGUCGUUACAGUGAAGACUGCUCACGGAUUAUACAAACGCCCAAUUGCCAAAAUCGCUGUACUGCCUCUCUGCUGA